UGUAUAUGUGUCUAUAUAAAGUCUAAAUGAUUAUGAUUGUAUUUGUAACGAGCCCUAAGGCACUUCUUGGUAAAAUGCAGUCACGGUGUGCAGUCGGGAUUGAUUAAACUGAAGGUCUUCUUAACUGCUGACCACCUCUCAUUAAGAUAUCGACUCUGAAACACCAGACUGUCAUUAAUCAUGAAGUCCAGUGUUUUGCAUCAGCCCACCAAAAAUCCUACCCGAAAACAGCAGUUUUCAAAAUGGUCCGCUACUCGCUCGACCCGGAGAAUCCAACUAAAUCAUGCAAAGCCAGAGGCUCCAACCUUCGGGUCCACUUUAAGAACACCCGUGAGACUGCGCAGGCCAUUAAAGGAAUGCACAUCCGCAAGGCCUCCAAGUACCUGAAAGAUGUGGUGGUCAAGUGUCAGUGUGUCCCAUUCCGUCGCUACAAUGGUGGUGUCGGCAGGUGUGCUCAGGCCAAGCAGUGGGACUGGACACAGGGGCGCUGGCCCAGGAAGAGUGCAGAGUUCCUCCUCCACAUGCUGAAGAAUGCCGAGAGCAACGCUGAGCUCAAGGGUCUGGAUGUCGACUCCCUGGUGAUCGAGCACGUCCAGGUGAACAAGGCUCCCAAGAUGCGCCGGCGGACCUACCGCGCCCACGGCCGCAUAAACCCCUACAUGAGCUCCCCGUGCCACAUCGAGAUGAUCCUCACCGAGAAGGAGCAGAUUGUGCCCAAACCAGAGGAAGAGGUUGCACAGAAGAAAAAGGUUUCCCAGAAGAAGCUCAAGAAGCAGAAACUCAUGGCUCGGGAGUAGAUGCAUAUGAAAAUAAACAAUUUCAGAAUGUGAUAUUAAAGGCUCAGCUCCAUUAUUUUAAGACAUAGUGAAACUGGCUGGGCAUCAGGGCGGCUAUAAGUGUUUGUGGCAGUGGAUUCAGCAGGGUUCUUUAACCAUUUCCAGUCACCCACAACCCUCUCUAAUUUCAGUGUUUCUCCAAAAGUUUUUGGGUUCAAACUGUCCAUGUAUAUAGUAGCAACAUAAUGUAUGCAUAUAUUAAUACAAAAAACUACCUAAUUGUGCAGUUGGAAUUCCCUCAGGGUCAUCUACAUGAUAAACACCAAUCAGUAACACUAAAUUUGCUACAAUAAUCAUCUCGCUUGUUAGGGUAUCAAGAUUUACUAUUUUUACAAAGUCUGACAGAGUAGACACAAUUGUGUUCCAUAUGGGAUUCAGCACUCAAAAUCUUAUCUAUUUAUCGUUGGGUUACAUUUUUGUGAAUACAUUUUUGUUUUGUCAGUGUGUUCUCAUGUAUCCUAAAUCCUAAACAAAGAAAAGCACUGCAAAAAGUA